UUCCUUUGUAGCUAAGAAAACCCAUGUCUUUGUCUUUAACGUUGUCUUUGUUUGUGGAUGCAGAUAAUAGUUAAGACUGUGAAGUUAAAAAACGAAAGAGACAAUGAUGGAGGAGGAAGUUUCAGACAAGAGAAAGAAAGCUAACAGAGACCCUUUCACUGAUAUUGUGUUUUCUUGGUCCGUAGAGGAUAUUUUCAAUGAAAAUCUUUAUCAGAAUAAGGUGGAAAGAAUUCCUGAAUCAUUUAAAUCGUUUCAGCAUUAUUUCGGGUCUUAUGACUACCCUUUAUUGGAAGAAACUCGAGCACAAUUGCAUUCGACUAUGGAAAUUAUAUGGAUUCAACCUUUUGCUGAAGUAAUUUCUUUUGAAGAAUCCAAGCCAUAUGGAACAAAAAUAUAUGAAGUAAAGGUCGAUUAUUGGCGGAAUAGAUUCUGCGAACGUGGCAAGGAACCUUACAAAACUUUGACUGGAGAUGUUUUCGCUUUAGCAGAUGUUAAACCAGAAACUGUUUCUGAUUUACAAAGAGCUGGCAGGUCAUGGGCAUUUCUUUCAGUGACUAAAAUCACAGAUGAUGAUAAUGAGGAUGGUUUAAGUUCUACCUUUUUCAAAGUCACAGCAUCAAAAGAGUUCAAACUUGAUAAUGAGAUGCGGUCACCUUCGUUUGUCAUUUUCUUGGGAAACCUUAUCCCAAACAGAAGAAUAUGGAAGGCACUGCAUAUGUUUAAAAAUCUGAAAGUUGUUGAGAAAGUUCUUCGCCCUGAUUCUAUGGUUGAAGAAAAAUGUAAUUACCAUUCAGAAAAGAGUCUUGGCUUUUGGGAUGUGAAGCUGGUUGAGAAUAUAAAGUCUAAAUUGAAUGAGUCCCAAACUGAAGCAGUUCUUUCCUGUCUCAGCAAGAUACACUAUGAGAAUGAAUCUGCAGUCAAACUUAUUUGGGGUCCCCCUGGGACAGGGAAGACAAAGACUACUGCUACUCUUCUUUUUACUCUCUUGGGAAUGAAGUUUAGAACUCUCAUUUGUGCCCCUACGAAUGUUGCAAUAACCGAAGUGGCUUCCCGUGUUGUGAAGGUGGUAUGUGAUGCGGAGCCUGAUGCUUUGUUUUGUUCACUGGGUGAUAUUCUUCUGUUUGGAAAUAAGGAGCGGCUCAAAGUUGGUUCAGAUAUUCAAGAUAUAUAUUUGGAUUAUCGUGUCCAGAAGAUUGCUGAAUGUUUAGGUUCACACAGUGGUUGGAGGCAUUGUUUUGGUUCCAUGAUAAAUUUUCUUGAAUAUUGUGUUUCCCAGUACCAUAUUUUCUUGGAAAAUGAGAUGAUUAAAGAGAGUGAGCAGAGCACUGAAUGUGAUAUCAAAGAGAAGGGAAGUACAAGUAAAGCAAUAGUUAAGUCAUUUCGUGAGUUUGUAAGAGAGAGAUUUGUUUCUAUGGCAGUACCUCUUAGGCACUGCGUUUCCGUAAUCUGUACUCAUAUGGGCAAAAGUUACAUUUCGGAACAAUGUUACCAAAACAUGGAAUCCCUUAUUGUCUCACUUGACUCUUUUGAAAAAAUGAUAUUUAAAAAAAAUGUGGCUUCUAAAGCACUGGAAGAGUGUUUUUCUCAAACAGAUGCAGUUGAAGAUUUCCCUGAUACAUUUGAAUAUGAGCAAUCUCUUCUCUGUAUUAGGAGAAGUGAAUGCCUCUUGCUUUUGAGAACUCUUAAGUGGUUUCUUGGUGGACUCACCUUCCCAAAUUUCAGGAGCCAGGAAUCAAUAAAGGAAUUCUGUUUUCAAAGAGCUUCGUUAAUAUUUUGCACGGCUUCUACUUCAUAUAAGUUGCAUAAAAUGGCAAUGGAACCAUUGAGAGUUUUGGUUAUUGAUGAAGCUGCACAGUUGAAAGAGUGUGAGUCAACCAUACCCCUGCAACUUCGUGGUAUAAAGCAUGCUAUUCUUGUUGGUGAUGAAUGCCAAUUACCAGCAAUGGUUCAAAGCAAAAUUUCUGAUGAAGCUGGUUUUGGAAGAAGUUUGUUUGAGAGGUUGAGCUCACAGGGUUGUGCAAAACAUCUGCUAAAUAUGCAGUACAGAAUGCAUCCAUCAAUAAGUUUAUUCCCAAAUUUGAAAUUCUAUGAUAACCGGAUUGUAGAUGCACCUAUUGUUCGAAGGAGAAGCUACGAAAUACAGUGCCGGCAGGGGUCAAUGUAUGGUCCUUAUUCCUUUAUAAAUGUAAUUGGUGGAAGACAGGAGAAGGAUGAUGAUGGACGUAGUUCGAGAAAUAUGGUUGAGGUAGCAAUCGUAUUGAAAAUACUGCAGAAUCUCUACAGAGCAUUGGCUGUUUCAGAACAUAAACUCAGUAUUGGUGUUGUGUCACCCUAUGCUGCUCAAGUGGUUGCAAUUCAGGAUCGACUUGGGGGAAAGUACGAUAACAUGGACAGAUUUCUUGUGAAAGUAAAGACAAUUGAUGGAUUCCAGGGUGGAGAGUAUGAUAUAAUAAUAAUAUCAUCUGUAAGGUGUAAUAGUUUCCAAUCAGUAGGUUUCAUAUCCAAACCUCAGAGAAUGAAUGUUGCGCUGACAAGAGCUAGGCAUUGUCUAUGGAUUUUGGGUAAUGAAAGAAUCUUAGUUGGUAGUCAAACUGUUUGGAGAGAUUUAGUUCUCGACGCACAGAAGCGCAAUUGUUUCUUCAAUGCUGAUGAUGACAAAGAUUUGGCCAAGGCUAUAUUAGAUGUCAAAAAAGAGUUUGAUCAGCUCGAUGAUUUACUUAGUGGAAAUAGUAUGCUUUUCGAGAAUUCGAGAUGGAAGGUUCAAUUCAGUGAUAACUUUCUCAAGUCAUUCAAAAAACUGACCUCUGUGCUGAUAAAAAAGUCAGUUUUAAACCUUUUACUUAAGCUCUCCAGUGGCUGGAGACCUAAGAAGCAGAAUAUAGACUCAGUUUGUGGAAGCUCCAUGCAGAUGAUGAAGCAAUUUAAAGUUGAAGGUCUUUAUGUUGUUAGUACAACUGACAUUGUAAAGGAUUUGAGGUUUAUGAGGUUUAUACAAGUUUUGAAGAUCUGGGAUCUAUUGCCUAUGGAGGAUAUACCAAAAUUGAUAAAACGCCUGGAAAGUAUUUUUUGUAAAUACACUGAUGACUUCAUCAAUCUCUGCAAUGAAAAAUGUCUUGAGGGAAAUUUGGAAGUACCCAAGAGCUGGUCACCCUCUGUGGAUAUUGUCCGAUUUAAAGAUAUAAGCAUCAAUGAAACUGGAAAUGAUCAAGCUGAUGCCACUUCGGAUGGUAGAAGUUAUGUUGAGAAUUCAAAAGCCAGUGAGAGUCUGUUGUUCAUGAAAUUCUACUCCUUAUCAUCAGUUGCAGUGAACCACUUGAUGUCUGACCAUGAUGGUAGGGAAUUAGAUCUCCCAUUCGAAGUGACUGACCAAGAAAUGGAGAUUAUACUUUUUGAUAGAAGUAGCUUCAUUCUUGGACGUUCUGGUACUGGGAAAACUACUACGUUGACAAUGAAGUUAUUUCAGAAAGAAAAAUCGCACCAAAUGGCUAAUGAAGGAUUCUAUGGACUCGAGAGCAAUUCAGUUGGACAUGGUAUUCAGGAUAAUGAUGCCAAGGAAAGCUCAAUGAAGACUGGAGGAACAGUUUUGCGCCAGCUCUUUGUGACAACCAUAAAAGUGCGGUUGUGUUGGCCAUUACUGGCUUCUUCCUUGUCAUCUGUAUCAAUUGCUUUUGUACUUUAUUUAAUCUUGUACUUUCCUAGUUUUCCAUGUGGUGGAAAAUCUUCCGAUGAAAGUGAAUCCUCUGUUUGGGACUAUAUUGAUGAUGAAGAAAUACAAUUCAAGAACAUACCAGAUUCUUUUGUCAAUAUUCCACCCAAUUCGUACCCUCUUGUCAUAACUUUCCAUAAGUUCUUAAUGAUGCUUGAUGGAACAUUGAGUAACUCAUACUUUGAAAGAUUCCUCAACGUACCAGAACUUUCUAAUUGUAAAAUGCAAAGUUCAAGAUCAGUUAUGCUACAGAACAUUUUAAGGACAAAGGAAGUCAACUAUGAGAGAUUCAGCUCAUCAUACUGGCCUCAUUUCAAUUCGCAGUUGACAAAGAAUCUUGAUCCUUCCAGAGUAUUUACUGAGAUAAUUUCAUAUAUAAAAGGUGGCUUGAAAUCCAUGGAAGCAAUUGAUGGUAAACUCAAUCGUGAGGAAUAUGUUUUACUGUCAAAGGGUAGGGCCUCCAGUUUAAAUAAGAAAAAGAGAGAGAUAAUAUAUGAUAUAUUUCAGAGUUAUGAAAAAAUGAAGAUGGCGAAUGGUGAAUAUGAUCUUGCUGAUUUUGUAAUUGAUCUCCAUUUUCGACUCAGACGUGAAAGAUAUGAGGGUGAUGGAAUGGAUUUUGUAUAUAUUGAUGAGGUCCAAGAUCUAACAAUGAGUCAAAUUGCUUUGUUCAAGCAUGUCUGCAGUAAUGUCGAAGAGGGUUUUGUUUUUUCUGGUGAUACUGCGCAAACAAUUGCAAGGGGUACUGAUUUCAGAUUUCAAGAUAUAAGGAAUCUAUUUUACAGUAAGUUCUUUUUGCAAUCAAGGAUUCGUGCACAGGGUGAAAGAAAUGAAAAGGGACUUAUCUCAGAGGUUUUCCAGUUAACUCAAAAUUUCCGUACCCAUGCUGGUAUACUGAAAUUAUCUCACAGCAUUAUAGAACUUAUUUAUCGUUUCUUUCCUAGUUGCAUUGAUAAAUUAAAGCCUGAAAGCAGCCUGAUAUACGGGGAAGCUCCAAUUUUACUUGAAUCCGGGAACGAUGAAAAUGCAAUCCUAAAAAUCUUUGGAAAUCCUGAAAGCGUUAGUGGGAAGAUUGUUAGUUUUGGUGCUGAGCAGGUGAUACUGGUAAGAGAUGACAAUGCGCGCAAGGAAAUUUCAAAUUAUGUUGGAAAGCAAGCUCUUGUUCUAACCAUACUUGAAUGCAAGGGCCUUGAGUUUCAGGAUGUAUUGUUGUACGAUUUUUUUGGCUCAUCACCUCUUACGAAUAAGUGGAGGGUGAUAUAUGAAUAUAUGAAGGAGCAAGAUCUCCUUGAUUCCGAUUCACCUAGUUUUCCACAUUUCAAUGAGUCUAAACACAAUAUCCUGUGCUCUGAACUGAAGCAAUUAUAUGUUGCUGUUACACGUACAAGGCAGAGGUUGUGGAUUUGUGAGACUUCAGAAUUCUCCAAACCUAUGUUUGACUAUUGGAAGAAGAAGUGUCUUGUACAAACUAUGCAAUUGGAUGAUUCACUUGCUCAGGCAAUGCAAGUUGCAAGCAGUCCCGAGGAGUGGCGAUCGCGGGGUAUCAAGCUAUAUUCCGAGCAUAACCAUGAAAUGGCCACAAUGUGCUUUGAACGAGCUGGUGACACUUACUGGGAAAGAAGAUCCAAAGCUGCUGGCCUUAAAUCGAUGGCUGAUUGGAUGCGCAUUUCAAAUCCUGAAGUAGCUAAUUCCAUCCUGAGGGAAGCUGCUGAAAUAUUUGAUGCCAUAGGCAAGGCAAAUUCUGCUGCGAGAUGUUUUUAUGAUCUAGGAGAAUAUGAAAGAGCAGGUAGGAUUUAUAUGGAAAAAUGUGGCGAGUCUGAGCUGGGAAGAGCUGGAGAAUGCUUUACUCGUGCAGAAUGCUAUGAGCUUGCUGCGGAGGUGUAUGCCAGGGGAGAUAUACUACUUGAGGUAGAUCUGAUUGGUAAGGCUGGGAAUUUUAGAGAAGCAGCAACACUAAUACUUUUGUAUGUGCUUGCCAACUCCCUUUGGUCCCAUGGUAGCAAAGGUUGGCCCUUAAAGCAGUUUAAACAGAAACAAGAGCUUUUAGCAAAAGGGAAGUCAUUUGCUAAGAAUGACAGUGACAACUUUUAUGAGUUGUUUUGCGUAGAAGCUGAUAUUAUUGCAAAUGAGCAGAGUAACUUGCAAUUAACGAAGAAUCAAAUGAAGGCUUCUCAGAUGCACAAGAGCAUUACUGCUGAAAUGCUAUGCGUUCGGAAAAUUUUGGAUGGUCAUCUGUCUUCAAGUGUUCCAAAAUAUAUCUUUGAAGAAGAAUUGGUGUUCAAUCUUACUGAGCAUUCAGAAACUAUGAUUUCUAAGAAUCAAGUCUCUCUUGAAUCAAUGGUUUACUUUUGGAACAUUUGGAAGGAAAAGAUUGUUGGAGUAUUUGAAUAUCUUGUUCAUCUCGAGUCCGAAGAUGUUAAUGAAAACGAAAGUUUUGGAGAAUUCUGUUUGAAUUUUUUAGGGGUCCGGAGGCAGUUUGAUAAUCUGAAUACCAGCUAUAUGCUGCUCCAUUCUGAUGCUGAUUGGGUGAGAGAUGUCAACAUGAGGCAUUUUAAAAAUAAUGGGAAGUUUGUUUCUAUUGGUGUUCAUCAGUUGGCUUCUGCUGCUCAGAGCUACUGGAGUUCAGAGUUGCUUUUUGUUGGAAUUAAGAUUUUGGAAAAGCUUCAAGCAAUAUAUGACUUCCCAGUUAAAAUUUCCGAUAUACCAUUCUGUAAAAGCAGGGCUCUUACACAUAUCUAUGAAGUUGCAAAAUUUCUUUUUGAGUCCAAAUUUCUGAAGAAAAGAUAUCAUGAUGCUGGUAAACUGCAGAAAUCCAUUAGUCUGUCAACUGAGCAAUUUUUUGGCUACGUCUUUCCUCUUGAUUGGAGGAAGUCAUUGAGAGAGAAUAUGGUAUUGCUCAGAGGAAUGGAUAUUUCCAAAUGUUUACUUGAAGAAUUAAUAGUUGAGAAUAUCAACUCAAAGAACAAGCUUUCUUAUGGUCAAAUUGGGAGGAUUGCAAUGAUUACUCUUGGUUCUGGCAAGCUGAAAAAAGAAUCAUGUGGGAAGAUUUUACAGAAGUUGGGCAAUGAUUCCCCGUGGAAGGUCUUUUUUGAGAUUUUAUGUUCGGAUACCAGUGAAAAAGAAAGCAAGGGACCUCUUAUUUGCAGUUUCAAUGAAGCUUUAUUUCAUACAUAUGGAGGAAAUUGGAGGGCUGAAUAUGAUUACAUAUCACCUGGCUGUUUUGUGUAUCUUGUUGACCACCUUCUAAUUCGGGUAUCUUGCUUCCGGGGUAACUUUUUCACUACAAAGUCAUCAUUUGUUGAAUGGCUCAUGGAAUGUGGCGAAGAUACCAAAUCAAGUCCCUACAGAUGGGCUGAUGUGAAACAAUCUUUUGAAAAUCUCCUUCAGUCUAUGAUCCAUGUAGUUCAGCAAUGCCUUUACAAUAAGGGUGAAAUGUUGGAAUGGAUUGGAAAAUCUACUGAGGCGAAGGACAUCUACUCACUUAUUGUGUCUAGAUUGGUUGUGAUUGUUUGUUUGAUUAAUUUGAAUUUUGGUAUAUGUCAAGAUUUACUCUUAGAUUUGAUCAAUAAAAACUACAUCAUUGAACAUCUUCCACGGGACUUUCGUGAUGCCCUUUUCCUUUUAAGGAAACGCCACCCUUUGUAUACAAUUGUUGUUGUGCUAGCUGAGGCAUUUAAGAAGAUUGGCAAUGAUUUGGUAGUUGUAAGUUCAGGAGAAAAUUUUCCAUUGCUUUUCUGUCCUGGGUCUGCCAUAUAUGUGAAUAUGAAUAUCUUUAAAUGCAAGAAUGACAUAUUGAGGAUAUUGUUUCCAAGGACUAUUGAAACUAAACAAGGCGAAAGGGGAGCUGCUGCUGUCGAAGCUAUUGAUACUCAGAAAGUGCUCUCUGAAGCCAGUUCUGCUUCACAGAAGAAAUCUGAGCUUCCCCAAUCAAGACUUGAGUUGGUGGCCAAACAGGAACUAAACACUCAAUACAAAAACCAGGUUAACCUUUCAAAUGAUUGUCGCUGUGUUUGGGAAAUACUUGAUAGAAUGAAGAUAGUAGACAAUGGAGGAGACCAAAGUGCUUUUCUGUCACAUGCCAAAACAAUUAAGGUGGAUAUGGAGAAAUUCGUUCAGCUUUUAUCUGAUGGAUUGACUUCAAGUUAUCGGAAUACUAAUGAUUCUGAAAAGAAAGUCAUGCUCGAUGAAGUGGUGACUAUGACUGACGAGUUGAAACAACUUUCUAAUGCAUUGGAUGAGAGUGAGGUUGGACGCGAUGAUCAAAUUACAAGGGUUGAAGAACUUUGCAACAGGCUGCAAUCAAAGAGGCCAAAAAUGGAGCCUAUCUUAAAACAGCUUUUCGUCCUUAACAACACAAACCUCGCUGAUAAGGAAUCGGAGAUCGAGAAAGUUGUUGCUUCUAGUGAAAAGUCUGAUGAGGUUAAAACUACUUUUGUGGAUGAAAGAAAUGUAGAUUCUCACAAGGUUGACACUGAGGCUUCUCAAGUUAAUUCUGCUUCUGGAACCCCAAGUAGCAGCUCCAACACUGAUAACAGAGGAAAGAGAAAUAAUAACAAGAAUAAGAAAAAGAAGGCCAAAAAGGGAGGAAAGAAAAAAUAGCCUUUUGUAUAUAUAUGGAUUUUGUAGGUUGAAGAUGCAUACUUAAAAGAAAAGUUGUAGCAUAUGCAAUGUGGUUAAAUGUUGAAAACUUGAAAAUAUUAUACAGCGUUUUUAGGAACAAAGUAUAGAUAUUUGAGAGGCUUAUGCUAAUGCUGGAAUCUGAUAGCUUUUGAAUUUGGUCUUUACUAAGCCUCCAAACUGUAAUCUGAAACUAAAUAUAUGCAAGGAGUAUUUCAUAAUA